AGUCUCUCCUCACUUUUAUUCACUUUUUCUUCUUAUUUGACUUUUUUAUUUUUAUUUUAUUCUUUGAUGGACGUGACCAUGGAUCACUUCAACUUUCGGCGUAAAGACGCAUGCGCGGCGGACAUCCAGGUGGAAUUUAGCAUCGUCCGCUCUCCGGUGUCGCCGCCGCCGCCGGACGACGACGACGACGAGCUCGGCAAGUUCUUGGACUUGGAGUUCAUCUUGUCCAACACAAUCGGUUCCGAGGCAGCGGCGCCGCUGCCGCCGUCGUGCGCCUACGCGUUGCCAGAGUCGCCGGAGAGCUGCGGUGGCGGUGGGAGCUACCGGGGCUACGCGGAGCGCGCUCCGGCGCCGCCGGACGACAAGGCGAGGGGCGCGCGCGAGUACACCGAGCUGCGCGCGCCCAACCAGUACCAGGCCUGCAGGGUCAAAACCGAGUCCGGCGGCGCGCACCCAUGCAUGCUGGCCGGUGCGGAUUGGCGCGCGUACGACAAGCCGCAGGCGGCGGCGUUCAUGCGCAUGGCGCCGCCCGAACAGCACUACAUGAACGCGCACUACCAGUACGCGCACUACCCGGGACACUACUGCGCGCUCACGCCGCCUUCCUCGCCCGCCCUUGCGGACUUCUACGCGCCGCCGCCGGACGGCGUCAAGCCGAAGCGCGGCGGCGGGCGCAGGCCGUGGGGACGCAAGCGCGCCGCCACGCACAGCUGCGAGUACCCGGGCUGCGGCAAGACGUACACCAAGAGCUCGCACCUCAAGGCGCACAUGCGCACGCACACAGGAGAGAAACCAUACCACUGCACCUGGGAAGGCUGCGGCUGGAAGUUCGCCAGGUCGGACGAGCUGACGCGACACUUCCGCAAGCACACGGGCCACCGGCCCUUCCAGUGUCACCUGUGCGAGAGGGCCUUCUCUCGCUCAGACCACCUGGCCCUGCACAUGAAGAGGCACCCGUAGACUAUUAUGGGAUGUCAACAAGUGGAACCCACUCGGCCCAAAACAGGGCGAUACCUAUUUGUUUACAUUCAGGAGCACGAGCUUGCUGUUAACAUUUAGCUGUUCUAUCCAUGUUUAGCUAUUCCUCGUCCUCCAGUGAUAAUGAUACUUGUAAGAACCUCUGUUUGUCGCCCCGAAGGCCAGGAUUAGUGAUUUAGAAGUAGCUGAAACACAUGAGCUAUGUUUUAAAGCACACUUUUCUUAGUUUUUAAACCAAAAUACGUACGUUCUCCCCUCUCUCCACACUGUUUCUGAUUGCAAGUGCCCCGUGUGUGUGUGUGUGUGUGUCUGUUUGUGCUAAAUAACCAAAACAAGUGGCCCUCUAGUGGCCGCUUGAUAGCGACCAAAGUGGCCUCGCAUACCCGUACAGUCCGUACCUAUUUGUUUACAUUCAGGAGCGGAAGCUUGCUGGUAGCGGUUAGCUGUUCUAUCCAUGUUUCGCUAUUCCUCGUCCUCCAGUGAUAAUGGUACAUGUAAGAAACUCACUUUGUCGCUCCGGAGGCCAGAAUUAGUCAUUUAGAAGUAGCUGAAACACAUUAGCUGUGUUUUAAAGCGUUCUCCCCUCUCCUGUCUCCACACUGUUUCUUCCUGAGUGUGUGUCCAUCCAUCCAUUUUCUACCGCUUGUCCCUUUUGGGGUUUCCGUGUGUGUGUGCUAAAUAACCAAAACAAUGUUUUUCCAAAGGCAGCAUAGUUAGGGCCUUCUUGAAUUCACCUUCGACCCCCUGGAUACUGGACAUGAGAAAAGGGCAGCUGUAGACUAUUAUGGGAUGUCAACAAGUGCAAGCCCACUCUGGCGCCCUCCAGUGGCCGCGACCCCUUUGUACAUAGCUGUGCAUAUAUGAGCUAAAUUAUGACAGACUAAGUUAUUGACUUUGUGAGUGCCUUAACCAGCUGCUGUGUAGAACUCUUUGUAUUUUGUUUUUUUUAACUUCAAUUUCUCACAGAGUGCCUAUGAAGGUUAGCGUGUUGCAUUCGCAGGGAUAUCUAUUUUUUAUUGGGUUUUUUUUUUAUAUAUAUUUGAGAAGUAUACACCCCAUGAACUACACGACAAGAUUGUAUUUUUUACGCGUAAAGGGCUGACAAAUAAAAGUACUUUUAAUAAA